UCAGAAAUAGUGGAGAUCCAACCAAAAGGACCUAAAAUAAGUAUAACAAACUUACCAAAUAAUCAUAUGUCCAAUUCCCUGAUAUCCUCCCCUAAAAAUGUGAAAUUCCUUGAUCAAUCAGAAACUCCUGAAAUAGAAAUAAAUAAAUCUCACCUAAUAAAAGAUGAACAUUUUAGACUUAUUUCUAAAUGGAUCAAUAAAACGCCACCUAAAAGUGGAAUUAUUUCAAAACAUCUUACGCAAAUUAAACCGCAACAUAAACACG